AUGGGAAGGCCAAGAAACCCCAAAAUUAUGCAGCAGCUAGGUGUACCCUUUUUCGGGAAUUAUCACCACAAUGGGUCUGGCACAUCCAGCUGCUACCUACAGGGUCACUGCAGCACAGCUCCCCGGUCGCUGAGGAGAGAAUCCGCCAGGGGGUCGUCCUUG